AUGGAUUUUCAAAAUCGUGUGGGGCACAAAACGGGCAGCGGUAUGCCACUGACGAGGGAAGACAUAAAUUUAGAAAGAAGAGAAAGACUAAAACAAUUAGCAUUAGAAAAUAUUGAUAUUACAAAAGAUCCGUAUAUUUUGAAAAACAAUGUUGGUAUGUAUGAAUGUAAACUAUGUUUAACUUUACAUAAUAAUGAAAGCUCAUAUUUAUGUCAUACGCAAGGGAAAAAACAUCAAAUGAAUUUGGGACAAAGAUUAUUAAAGGAAAAAAAUGAAAUGGCUGCUAAUAAGAUAGACAAAGUAGUACCUGAACCCAGAAAAAUUAUAAAAAUCGGAAAACCAAGAUAUGAUGUUACCAAAGUGAAAAAUAAAAAAAAUCAACGAGGAAUAUUAUUUGAAUUAUCCUUUCCUAAUAUUAAAGAAAAUACGAAACCAAAAUUUCGUUUUAUGUCCUCAUUUGAGCAAAAAAUUGAACCGCCUGAUAAGAAGUACCAGUAUCUGUUAUUUGCAGCAGAACCUUAUGAAACUAUUGCUUUUAAAAUUCCAAAUAUAGAUAUAGAUGAAAAUGAAGAUUUUUAUUAUAAAUGGUUUGAGAAAAAGAAAAUAUUUGUGAUGCAAAUUCAUUUUAUUAAUACCCCUGAUCAUUUACGUAUGCGAGACCAUCCAAAUUUUUUACCGCCCCCUAUGAGGUGGUAA